AUGGAUACCCAAUACUUUUCUGAUAUGUCUGAGGUCCUGAACUCAGACUUGCCAUCAAAGUCCUUUCUACGCACACCUGAGAGAUCUCUGAUGGUCAAGUUGAAAUUCGGAGAGCCUAACAAACUCAAGCUUGCCUAUAUCCUUGCCACACAAUGCGACUCUCGCAAUUUGGUGGAGCAUAGUCUCGGGGAUGCUGAGCAUGAAAUAGCUCUGCUUGUCACUCCUCCUCCAGAGUCUUCUGAGUCCCGCCAGUCUCUCAAGCGUGGCGCUGAGGGUUUUGGUCUUCUUGACUAUGGCUUCACCAAGAAGCGCAUCGUUGCAGAUGACGAUGACGAGCAAGCCGAUAAUAAAGCUGAUACUGCUCCAGCAAUCAAGGUCAACGUUCCCAAGGCUAAAUUUUCCAAGACCAAAGUUCCCAAAGUCAAGGUCAAGGUCAAGUCAAAAGCUAUCAAGAUCGCUCCUGCUGACCGCAACCUCACACUCGACAAGCCCGAACCCUUCGGCCAACCACCAAUCUGGUCUGAUAAGCGUCAGGCAUUGUGUGAGGCUCUGCCCUAUUACAGAGCUUAUCAAGCCGGUGCCUACUCUACCAACAAUAUUGUCUACGGACUGCUUUGCGACAAGGGUGUCUAUGCUCGUGAUCACAUCGAUGACCAUGUGGUUAUCUGCAGCGUGGGCGGCGGCAAAAAAGCAGAUGACGAAACUGGUGAAAUGAGCCUCGGUGGAGGCCAUAAAGUCGAUCAUAACAUUGCUACAUACUUCCGCAGAUCUAUGGAUGGACAGCAAGCUGUAGCGAUUAUCAUUGGCCAAGGAAACACCAAUUGCCCAGUCAAGCUGGACCACUGCUAUAAUGUCAUGGACAUGUUUCAUGUCACCGAUGUGUGGUACGACCGAUACGAAAAGAAGUGCUGGAUGGUUCGCCUUGAAAAGAUCGAUUUGGACGUUCGAUCAUGGUGGAGUCCCAAGAGCCAGCCAACUGCCCAGCAAGACCCUACUAUCAGAGCAGUCGUCCAAACAUGUGAUACCUGCAAUCAACCAUCCAAGCAGAUCUACUCCCAAGGCUGGACUUGCACGAACCCACACUGCAAGGAUCACUUCAACUUCGGCAUUGGCUUUGACCACAAGACUCUCGAAUACAGCCAGGCUUUCUUGCAAGAGCGCCACCCAUUCCAAGCUACUGUCCCCAAUCUUGUUCCUGCUCUGCCUUGGAAUCUGCCUGCUCAGAGUGCAGUAAUCAAGAAAGGCAUGGUAUGCCCCGUCUGCCGCUGCUGCAGUCGCAGACUGCAUUGGAACUUCUGGCAAUGUGAGAACCCCGAGUGUGAUUUCAAGCAGGAUGCAGUUCAGCAGAUCUUGACUGUUAGCGCGGCUUCGACGUCAGUCAAGACAAUUUCUGAAGUCAUGGCCGGUGGAAUUAUCUCUGUCCAAUUCUCACUGGGCGCUCAUCGUCCUCGUAACACUCUCUACCUGAUUCCGGACGAAGCAAGAAAGACAGUUGGGUUUGUUGCGGUACUAAAGUCAAGUUCUGCCGUCAACGCUCGUGCUGGUGGCCCGGAUGAUCUCUUUGCUCAGUUGCAGAUGGCUGAGAUUCAGAUGAAGCGCAAUCCGGCUAGACAACGUGGAGCUCCUGGAGAAACCGUCACAUCGCAUUUUGGUCGCAACUAUGGUGCAACUUACAAGUUUGGCGUCCCCCAAGAGUCGACGAGCUUCUCGGAUGCCCCAGAUGUUAUGUUGGAGAUCCUCGCCAGAACCAGCUGGGCAUCUCAGCAGGCUAUCGCCUACGCUACACAAACCGUUGAUGAGAACGACUUCAAGGCAUGGACCCCGCCAAACGAAUUGCUCUGCUUGGGAUACGGUACUAAUUGCAAGAUCGGCUAUCACGAUGACGGCGAGAAGACCUUGGGCCCUACAGUAACCAGUCUGUCUCUUGGCUGCCCUGCUAGCAUGAGCUUCCGACCCAAGGCCAAGACCAGCAUGGGAAGUAGCAAGAACCAGACGGGAACGAAGCCAGACUGUCUCAAGUUUACCCUGGAGCAUGGUGACAUUAUGGUCAUGCACGGCCCCAAGAUCCAACAGCUCUACGAGCACUCUGUCACGCCAUUCGGUCCUCUGCGCUUUGCCUUGACCUCUCGCACUAUCUUGUUUGACAUGAUCGGCGUCAACGACGGUCGGGACAUCGCCAUCAAAAAUGGUCAGAUCCCUCGCCGUGCCGAGCGAUUCCAGUACGAUGGCCAGUGA